GCAUGCGGCGUGCACGGCGACAUGUGCGACAUGUUGAGGACCCUGGAUUUGGAGCAGGGAUUGGACAUAGAGUUCCUGCUCGUGCAGGUGCACGCCCGCCCCGUCAGCGAGAUACAGCCGCGCUUGGUCCUCGCCAAGGCCGACGAGGAGGCAGCCGAGGAGGCGGUGACGGGAGAGGUGGCCGAGGAGUCGGCGGUCGAAGAGGCAGGGGGCGCGGGCGAAGCAGCUCAGAGGGACCUGCCGCUGGCGAUGAGAGUGCCCAAGGGGCCCCAUCAGGCGGUAGCGGCAGGGGAUCUGGCGGCGGGCGCGGGGCAGGGGGACCUCACCCUGUG